UAUAAAAGUACAGUGGGACACAGUCAUUUAUUUUUGUAUGUUAAAUUUGGUUAGAAUUAAUCCUAGUACAAUGAAUGAAGAGAACCAACAGAGCAUCGAUGCAUUGCUUCCACCAUGUCCAGAGGAACCACAAGAGUCUGAUUGCUAUGGAAGUGGUUGUAGCCCCUGUGUGUUUGACAUUUACCACUUGCAACUGAUAGAGUGGCAGAAACAGUGCAAUGAGAUUCGCUGCAAUGAAAGAUGUCGCUCGGAGACCACUGAUACAGAAUCAGACAAACCGUUACUAUCACAGAUCAAGUUCAGUCCAUUCCAGCUACUUUCAGUGCAGCAGCACACACAUGACACAUUUAUAUACUCGUUUCAGGCUGUUAGAGCCAGCUCUGAGCAAGACCUGAGAAGUCAUGAUAUAAAGUAUACACAUGUCAAAGAACCUCUUGACAUAAAAGUGGGCCAGCAUCUCAUCAUGAGGUAUAAUAUUGAUGAAAAUCAAAAUGGUUUUCUAACUAGAGCAUACACUCCUAUAUCAGACCUGAAAUCCAGCAGAAUGGGACAGUUUGAAGUGCUAAUAAAGUUGUAUGAACAUGGUAAAAUGUCUAAAUACAUUCAGAACUUGAAAGAGAAUGAUAUUGUUGAAUGGAGAGGCCCAUUUGGGAACUUCAAAUAUGUGCCAAACAGCUACAGACAUUUGCUGAUAUUCUGUGCUGGAACGGGAAUAGCUCCAAUGUACCCCAUUGCCAAAUUCAUAGUAGAAAAUGACUCGGAUGAGACAUUUGUUCAAAUGUUAUUUGCCUGCAAAAGUUUUGAAGAUAUCCUCUUUCGAGAUGAAAUGCAGCAGUUGGCUCUGUAUUGGAAUUUCUCUGCAGUAAUCUUUCUAUCACGAGUUGAAUCACCAUUACAGAGCCAGGCUCGUUACGGUGAAAUUAUCAGAAAAGGAAAGAUGGACAAAAGUGUGAUACAUGAGCAUCUUGCAGGAAAGACAUUACAACGGGUUCUUGUUUUGAUAUGUGGGACAAAGUCAUUCAACAAAGAUAUGAUAAAUUAUGUGAAACAAAUUGGUGUACAAGAUGAGAAUAUUCAUCUGUUUUGAAACAGUGUGGUCAUACCACAUUUACUUCUCAGUUUUUACACCUCUUUUAGCUCAAAAUAAUUGCAUAAAAUUGUUUUACAGAGCUUUUUAAGUUUCAAAUUUAACAUUCUUAUUUAUUUGUAUGCACACUAAUAUUAUGGUAAUGGAUUUUCACCUCUUUGAUGCAUACUUGUCUUAGAUGGUGGCUGGAUAUAAGUUUUUAAUGCAGAAACAAUGGCCCAGACUACUGGAUAAGUAUAGAUGAAAAACUAUGUAGUAGACCUACUCUAAAUUCUGUCCAGCUGGUUCAAUCUAAUUGUCUAAAUGAAUGUUUACAUGUACAUGAGUUCUUUUACAGACUAUGAUGGGGAAUUUGUACUUCUGUUAGAAAAACAAGAGGAAAAGAAUGCUUGGUGUAGUCAUGGAAAUAUCACACAUAUGUUUGAAGUCCUUCUGAAAAAGAAAGGGUUGACACCCUUUCCUGCUUCUGAUUUAAGCAGUGCACACACCCUACUUAAGAAGACCAUGGCUAAGGAGGACAAUUUAAAUAAGCAUUAACUUUCUGAGUGGAGAACACUGUUAAAAGAAUGUACCAUUUAUUAGAAGAUUUAUCUGGCAGUUUCAUGACUACACUAAACAUUGACAUGCCCAAACUAUCACCCCCUGCUUCAUACUUGGGAGGUUUUAAUUCAAAUCUCAGCCCAGAGACAAGCUAUUCUGAUUUUUAAUUUUUUUCUCAGUCCCUCAAAGUAAAUGCCAGGAUGGUACUUUAAAUUGUGCUGUAACUGCUUCCUCUCACAUCCUUUCCAAUACAUUAAUCAGAAAUGUUACAUAAACCACAAAUAGCUUCUUCAUUUUCAACAUAAAAUAGCAUGGAAAGAACAUGGAGUGAAGUCAGAAAUAUAUUCCCCUUUUCAUAGUUUUAUUCACCAAUCCAUUGUCCAGACUACCUCAGCAACAGGUGGGCAAAAAUUUGUAAAAUUAACUCACUGGAAAGGGAUGUCAAAAUAGUAUGUAGGUACACGUUACCAUAUUGUCAGUGUCACAUAAAAAGUCACUAACUGUGUAUUAGAAGUUCUUGAGUAAAAUUAGUAUUAAUGUCAUCCUCACAGCUGAACAACACAUAAUAAAAUGUCAAACUUGGAAUAUAUAGUGAAAUAUCAAGGUAAUAGUUGGCGAUUUCUGGUGCACAUGCUUCCAAAUAAGUUCACUUUUAUGUGCUACAUAAUUAGCUUCUGAUAAAAAUGUCAGUUAAUGAUUUUUUCCAUGAUACUGAUGAUAUAUACUGCAUGUGGUUGUGAAUGAGGCCAAGCACAACAUUUGCACAUGUGCGAGUAUUGUUUUAGAAUCAUAAGAUGGUACGAAUUUUUAUGCGACAACACAAAACAUUGUUAUUAGAGAGUCAAGACUGGACAAGAUGAUUGUGUACAAUUGUAUAAUGUGCAAGUACAGUAAACAAUGAAGAAGUAUAAAAGUACAGUGGGACACAGUCAUUUAUUUUUGUAUGUUAAAUUUGGUUAGAAUUAAUCCUAGUACAAUGAAUGAAGAGAACCAACAGAGCAUCGAUGCAUUGCUUCCACCAUGUCCAGAGGAACCACAAGAGUCUGACUGCUGUGGAAGUGGUUGUAGCCCCUGUGUGUUUGACAUUUACCACUUGCAACUGAUAGAGUGGCAUAAACAGUGCAAUGAGAUUCGCUGUAAUGAAAGAUGUCGCUCGGAGACCACUGAUACAGAAUCAGACAAACCGUUACUAUCACAGAUCAAGUUCAGUCCAUUGGACCUACUUUCAGUGCAGUGUUGUGUGUGCACACGACACAUUUAUAUACUUAUUUCAAGCUGUCAGAGUCAGCUCUGAGCAAGACCUGAGAAGUCAUGAUAUAAAGUAUACACAUCUUAAAGGACCUCUUGAAAUAAAUGUGGGUCAGUUUCAUUCUUCUACCCAAGAUAUUUUCACUUGUGAAGCAACCCAAUUUUUAUUCACAUGUCCGAACCCGAAGUAAAUGUUUGGACAUAUCUUACUAAUAUUGACCAGAGAGAAAUGUCUUGAAUGAAAGGUGGAGGUUUUAAUAAAAUACAAUAUUUGCAUAAAGCAUAUUGAUUUAAAACGGUUACUAGAACUAUAUUACAACCAUAAUAUUGCAUAUAUUUUUUCACAUGCUCCCCUAGUAUCUCUGCCAUUUAAUUGAUGUUCACUUGAUUUGUAAAAUACUGCAAUAAUAUAUCUAAGACAGCACAAGUUAUUGACCUUCUUAAUACCAUCCCCAAAGAUAAAUUUCUCCAUUAAUUUUGUAAAAAAUCUCAAAGCGGCUAAAAAUCUUUUUCGAGUUGUGUUUAUAAAACUCCCAUUGUCAUUUACUAAGGUAUGUCUUAUUUCAAAAAAUGUAUCUACAUAAGAGCAGUCUAUUAAAAAUAAAGCCAUGGAUAUUCAUCUCUUUAGGGAUGGAAUAUGAGACGUGUUAAAUUUUGAAUUUAUACUGUAUGUAACUGACAAUACUGGACUUCUCUAUUCUGCUCUUGUUGUUAUGAAAUUCCAUACCAAGCUUGUUGAUUGCAUUUAUAUACCCACCAAACUUUAUUCUUUUUAAAAGUUUUUAAUAAUGAUUAAUGUAAAAAUGUUAAUGGAAAGCAUGUCAUUUUCUAUAGAUUAAAAGGUCAAUAUGGUAUUUACUGCAAGCAAAGUCAUUGACAGGUUGUAAAUUUUGUGAAACCAAUGGAAUGGAUACCUAAUAUAGCAGUUCUGUAGUAUAUUUUGUAUACUGAGUUCCCAUUGUUUUACAUUUUGUUCUUGUUUUAAACAUGAUAUUACCACAUCAUAUUUAUUGUAGUGCAUUUUUGCCAGUUAUGAAGCUGUUAGGAUUGUGUAAUUAAAUAAAACAUUUUGUAGCAUCAAA